AUGGCCCGGAUCGGGCCGGGCUGCGCGGCAGGGGCCGGCCCGGCUCUGCCAGCCGCACCGCUCCCUCCCUCCCUAUCGACGCUUUCCUUGCGCCUUCCUGCUCGAGACCCCCCGCCCCCCCUCGUCCUGGCCGUCCUUCCCCCGUGUCCCCGCACCUGUGACCGCGGCCCGACGUGUGCCCUCGGCGUCGCGCUGCACGGGCUGGCGGCCGGAGCGGGCGGCCCGGAGGCCGGCUCCAAGUCCCCGGAGCCGUCGGCCGACGAAUCUCCCGACAACGAGAAGGAGGCGGCGGGCGGAGGGGACGCGGGGAAGAAGAGGAAGAGGAGGGUGCUCUUCUCCAAGGCGCAGACCUACGAGCUGGAGCGGCGGUUCCGGCAGCAGCGGUACCUGUCGGCGCCGGAGCGGGAGCACCUGGCUAGCCUGAUCCGCCUGACGCCCACUCAGGUGAAGAUCUGGUUCCAGAACCACCGCUACAAGAUGAAGCGGGCUCGGGCCGAGAAAGGUAUGGAAGUGACUCCUCUCCCCUCCCCGCGGCGGGUGGCCGUGCCGGUCCUGGUGCGGGACGGCAAGCCCUGCCACACGCUCAAAGCUCAGGACUUGGCGGCUGCCACCUUCCAGACGGGCAUCCCCUUCUCCGCCUAUAGCGCCCAGUCCCUCCAGCAUAUGCAAUACAACGCCCAGUACAGCGCGGCCGGCAGCCCCCAGUACCCCACAGCGCACCACUUGGUACAGGCGCAGCAAUGGACUUGGUGAGCGCGGGUUGAGCGCACGCACACGGCCCCCGCACGCACCCACACACGCAGAGAGGAGGAAAAAAUAACGAUAAAGAGACACGAAAAGGAGGAAAAAAAAUAAGAGAGAGAGAGAGAGAGAGAGAGAGAGAGAGGAAGAGACAGACUGAUGCUCCGAAACUAAAAUCGAAACGACGGGGGAAGGAGCG